CUGACUCAGCUGCUCAAGGAACCAUGAGCCUACCUCUCCGGCCCCUUCCGCGCCGUCAUGGAUGCCGCCGAGCUCCUCCUCCACAAGAUCCGCUACCAGAGACUCCAAUCCUUUGUUUGUGGUUGCAAGGCGACCAUGCCGACAACACGGUGGUGCUGGUGGUGCCCUACGCCUGCUGCGGCGUGCUCAUCGGCAAAGGAGGCACGCUCAUCAAGUCGUUAGCUGAAGCGGCAAAUGCUGGAAUCACGGUCUCGCACCACCGAGUCUGCUACGGUUUCAAUGACAGACUGGUUAAGAUCACUGCUUUGAUUCCUUGCGGCGGCGCGCCUCCCGCCGUUGGUGUUGUUCCGGGUCUGCCCGUGCCAGAUUCAUGGCCUCGCUUGUUUAAUUGGGUGCCUUAAUGUAGUCUAGAUAAUCAGCACAUGAAUGGACUGUUAAUUAAUCCGUUAAUGUACACAAGGAGUUCGUUUAAUCUAGAAAUCGUACAAAUCUGCAUCAUGCAAACUUACUUCAGGUUGUUACAUAAGGAAGGAGCUUGGGGUUCAGUUCCAAGCAACAUGGGUUGGGUGGAUUCCUCUAGAAAUAUCAGAUGAAUCAUUGUUGUAAUUUGUAAAGCUGUCAAGGAAAGUAGUUUAGCCAAAAUAUUUAUUGUGGGCAUUCUGUUAGCUAGUGUGCAUUGCCAAGUACAACUAUUCUACUUUGUAUGGAAUCAUCUCACUAUUCUGAACAUCUGAAACUUGCUAUGUGCAGU